AUGCCUCCGAUCUCAGUUCCACCAGUGACGCUUGAAGACCUGCAGGCCUUCCAGGCUAAACAUUUCCCUGGAAGUGGAAGUCUCCAACCCGUACAGCGUACACGUGAGCCUGAUCAUGAUACCAUAACCCCUGGAUUUGAUGACGAGGAUGAUGGCCUAGGCUAUUAUCCUGAUGGCGUGAAACGUACCCUUACAGACGAACAAAUCGGGAUAUUCAGACAUAGCGAGAUCCAUGCUUUACUCCGUGAAAAGCAGCUGCGAGAGGAGGAGCUCAUGGAGGGAUCCUCGAGCUCUGCUGAACGUACAAACCCCGAGGAAAGUGCAGUGACAGAGCCAGAAAAGGCAUCCCUGGACGCGAACAUCGCGGUGGAGGAUACCCAGCCGGUGGAAGAUUGCGAAGGGGGGAAGUCCGAGCCGUACGUGUCAGUUAUGAAAAAGCGGGCGGUGGCUUCUUCGGAUAUGCCUCUGGAUUACGGUGAGGAGAGUGCUAGUCUGCAGUCAGCUUGCAAACAGGCGCCGCAGUUCAAGAGACGGAGGAUAAUCUCGUACGAGGAUUAA